GCCACGGAGCGAGACUCCGUCUCAAAAACAAAAAACAAACAAACAAACAAACAAAAAACCAGUAAGCUCCACGAAGAUAUAAGCUCUGUGAUCCACUAUGGCAUCUCCAGUGCCAGACAGUAUCCAGCAACUUACUCGGUACUAAAAUGUAUUAAACGACUGAAUGAAAUACUACUUUGCAAUUUUGUCUGCCUUCUCUAACCAACAGAGGUAUUUAUAUGUCUGCGAAGGAAGACCUGUCUUGUUAAAUUUUGUAUCCCCAACAGCCCAGAAAAUGUUGAAAGGAAAAAAAUGGGGGGAAAAGCCCUUUUCUGGAACAAGUUAGAAUAGGACCCACAUACAUUUUGUUACUAACAAAACGUCCAGCUUGUCUUUUUUCUUUGAAAACUGCAUGGCCUUAAGAGGAGUCUAUUCUAAUUAGGAAAAAAGUCACCUUUUCAGAAGCAGGCACUUCCCACUCCAUGCAAAGGUUAGCAAAACCGCAAACACUUGGCUAAUUCAAACACAAGCUAAUUUAUUAUUAUUGGCGCAAAUUAGCCACUUUCUUUUGCUGCGCAGGUCAAUGUCCACAACCAUACUGACUCUGCCUGUAGGGCGAGUGUCUCACCAGUAGCUGGUGAGAAGCACAGCUCUUCUCAGCCAAAACCGAGAGAUACUGGAACUUGUGCAGUGCAGUAAUCCAAACCCCUCGAGUAGAUACGCCCGCUUUAAAAUCUGCAUCUCGUAAGAAAUGCCUUCAAUUUUCCAUAUUAGGAGCUGAGAAAACAGGUCUCCCGAGCCCUUCAGGCACAAGUUCUUUGCCAAAUACUACAACCACCUCCAACCACUCCACAACGCCUGAGCCCGAGGGUGGGCCACACACGACCCAGCGCUAAAGGGUUACAACCAAGCUGUCCGCCGCCUGCCUUGCCUUUAAAGAAGCCGCACACAAGCGGGCUGCCCCGGAGUUCAACUUCCGGCCACAUAGUGAGAGGAUGUUUUCCUACUGGAGCUGAGCCGCGGGGACGCGCCCCCCGGCCGCGCCCUCCUAGCCACGCCCUCCACGCCCGGCCUUCGGAGCGCGAGCUCGGGCGGGCACACGGAAGGGGCUGGGCCACGUGGGAGGCUGCUGAGUGGUUCGCCUUCGCCCCUCAGCGCGCAGUCAAGCGCAGGCAAGCUCAGAGCGCACGGAGAGCGCGGUAGCGCGCGCGCGCGCGCGCGUUCUUAGUGCCCUCCCCGGUGACGUGCCUGGCCGGGGCCGCGCCAGGGCGCUGUUGCUGCCAAUACAGCUGUCAUGGCGUCCGAGGCGCUGGCUGCGGAGAACUGGCCGCGGUCUCCAUAGAGCUGGGGGCGGGCGGCCCGGUAUGGAGAGCAGCCCCGAGAGCCUGCAGCCGCUAGAACACGGGGUGGCGGCCGGGCCAGCGUCAGGGACAGGUUCUUCGCAGGAAGGGCUACAAGAGACCAGGCUUGCCGCUGGUGAUGGUUCUGGGGUAUGGGCGGCGGAGAGCAGCGGCGGGAAUGGGCUGGGGGCGGCGGCCGCCAGCAGGAGCCUCCCGGACUCGGCUUCUCCCGCGGGCUCUCCUGAGGUUCCCGGACCUUGCAGCUCCUCCCCGGGUUUGGACUUGAAGGAUAGUGGUGUGGAGAGUCCUGCUGCCGCCGAGGCGCCUCUGAGAGGGCAGUACAAGGUGACCGCCUCCCCGGAGACAGCCGUGGCCGGAGUGGGUCAUGAGUUGGGUCCCGCCGGAGACGCGGGAGACCGCCCGGAUCUCGCCGACACCUGCCAAGCAGAGCUGACGGCCGCCGGCUCCGAAGAGCCCAGCAGCGCCGGCGGCCUCAGCAGCAGUUGCAGCGACCCGACCCCUCCUGGGGAAUCGCCGAGCCUGGACUCUCUGGAGUCGUUCUCUAACCUGCAUUCUUUUCCCAGUAGCUGCGAGUUCAAUAGUGAGGAGGGAGCGGAGAACAGGGUCCCUGAGGAGGAGGAGGGCGCGGCGGUGUUGCCCGGGGCUGUUCCUCUGUGCAAGGGGGAGGAGGAGGAGGAGGAGACCGCUCAGGUGCUGGCGGCCUCCAAGGAACGCUUCCCGGGACAGUCUGUGUAUCACAUCAAGUGGAUCCAGUGGAAGGAAGAGAACACACCCAUCAUCACCCAGAAUGAGAACGGACCCUGCCCCUUGCUGGCCAUCCUCAAUGUUUUGCUCCUGGCCUGGAAGGUGAAACUUCCACCGAUGAUGGAAAUCAUAACUGCUGAGCAGCUGAUGGAAUAUUUAGGAGAUUACAUGCUUGAUGCAAAGCCAAAAGAAAUUUCAGAAAUUCAACGUUUAAAUUAUGAACAGAAUAUGAGUGAUGCCAUGGCAAUUCUGCACAAACUACAGACAGGCCUGGAUGUAAAUGUAAGAUUCACUGGUGUUCGAGUGUUUGAAUAUACACCAGAAUGCAUAGUAUUUGAUCUUCUUGAUAUUCCUUUGUACCAUGGGUGGUUAGUAGACCCUCAGAUUGAUGACAUCGUAAAAGCUGUUGGUAACUGCAGCUACAACCAACUAGUGGAGAAGAUCAUCUCUUGUAAACAGUCAGACAAUAGUGAGCUGGUUAGUGAAGGCUUUGUAGCUGAGCAGUUUCUAAAUAACACAGCCACUCAACUGACAUACCAUGGAUUAUGUGAACUAACUUCAACGGUUCAGGAAGGAGAACUUUGUGUGUUCUUUCGGAAUAAUCAUUUUAGCACCAUGACCAAAUACAAGGGUCAACUGUAUUUGUUGGUAACGGACCAGGGGUUUCUUACUGAAGAAAAAGUUGUUUGGGAAAGCCUACACAACGUAGAUGGUGAUGGAAAUUUCUGUGACUCAGAAUUUCGUCUUCGGCCUCCUUCAGAUCCUGAAACUGUAUACAAAGGACAACAAGAUCAGAUAGAUCAGGAUUAUCUUAUGGCAUUAUCUCUACAACAAGAACAGCAGAGCCAAGAGAUCAACUGGGAACAAAUCCCAGAAGGAAUCAGUGAUUUGGAACUAGCAAAGAAACUCCAAGAGGAAGAGGACAGACGGGCUUCUCAAUACUAUCAGGAACAGGAACAAGCAGCAGCUGCUGCUGCUGCUGCCUCUACACAGGCUCAGCAGGGCCAGCCAGCACAAGCCUCUCCAUCAAGUGGAAGACAAUCUGGGAAUAGUGAACGUAAACGGAAGGAACCGCGAGAAAAAGAUAAAGAAAAAGAAAAGGAAAAAAAUAGCUGUGUUAUUUUGUAACAACUGUUGGCUUCUGUUGGAACCACCUAUAUGUCUUGAGAAACAAAACCACAGGAGGAAAGGAAGAAAACCCGAUCAAUACCGUCUGUGCCUGAUUUCCCAAUGGAUUUUGUUCAUGUUUUUUCAGGGGAAAGGUUGUUACUUAGUUACAAUCAGACUUUUUCAAGUCACACAAUACACUCUUUAUGAGCUGGAGUUUUGUGUUACAAGUUGGAAAUGCUGUGUGUUGUCAUUCAUGAAAAAUACUGCACUUGUAGCCAGAUAAGCAAAUCACAGCAAAUUUUGUGUCAUAGUGACAUUCAUAACUCAUAUCAGUUAGUAAGCUAUUAUAUCUUCUGUUCUAACAAUGAAUGGAGGUAAUUGAUUUAGUCUGAUUCCUUCCUGAAAUCUAAAUAUUAGCACAAUAGUUUCUGAAAUUUUACAAUGUUAAAUUAUGAUCUAAUCCAUGAGAAACCACGGGUUUAACAUAGGGAUUCAAAAAAAAACAAAAACAAAUAAAAUAAUAGGAAUAAAUAACCCUUAAUUAUGUAUUGGACUAGUUCAGCCCUUAAACAGCUUUACCUUUAUUUAGGAAUGUACAUUUUAGGUAUUAUCUUGAGAAUUGAUCAUGGAGCUUAGAUUUAAUUUAGAUAGCAAAAAUAAAGAUUUGUAUUUCUUUUCCAAUAGCAAAAGGUUGCAUAACACUAAUACUUAUAACCUAUCAAUAUCAGAUAUUAAUGACUUUGUAGUGUUGUAAAAUUUUGAGGAAUUUUGGAGUCUUUAUCAUAGGUAACCUGGACCACAGUUACUAUUUAUUGGCAAUGUGAUUGAGUAUAUGGAGGAAAGCACAGUGGAUGCUAGGCCUUGUAAAUAUGGGGAUGUAGAAAAGCAGAUAGUUCAGUGUCUACCUUUUUCUAGUAUUACCUUGAACCUUAAAUUUUAAGUCAUGUUUAUUGCUAGAAAAUUAAAUGUACUUAUUAAAACCAAUGAAAAAGCACAUUUCUGAAAGGAAGUUAGAGAUAAUCUCUGUGUCUUGUGAAAAGACAUUAAUAAAAAUCUGAGAGGGCCGGGCGCAGUGGCUCACACCUGUAAUCCCAACACUUUGGGAGGCCAAGGCGGGCGGAUCACCUGAGGUCAGGAGUUCACGACCAGCCUGACCAACGUGGUGAAACCCCAUCUCUACUAAAAAUACAAAAGAUCAGCCGGGCAUGGUGGCGGGCGCCUGUAGUCCCAGCUACUCAGGAGGCUGAGGCAGGAGAAUUGCUUGAACCCGACAGGCGGAGGUUGCAGUGAGCCGAGAUCGCACUGCUGCACUCCAACCUGGGCAACAAAGCGAGACUCCAUCUCAAAAAAAAAAAAAAAUCUGAGAGUAGCUAAGAAUUUGGAGGAAUUUAUGUAAAAGCAAUCAGAGUUUUUAACUUAUGGGAACCAAAUAAAACUAUAACCUCUUAUAGUGUUUAUAGAACUCAGAAAUACUAUUUAUUUAACUUUAUUAUGAGGCCACACAUAUUUUCCUGUGUUUCUAUAUAUAGUUUGGAAAACUGUCCUCAAUAGUCUGUUUUAUAUGCCUUAUAUUUAAAAGUUUGUUUUAGUCAUUUUGAAAGACUAUUGCUGCUGCAAAUAGUUGUGUACUUUACAUUCUAAGCUUCAGUACAUUUCUUUAUUUAAGAGCAUCGUAAUCUGACCUGAGCAUCCACUUGGAGAAUGUUUUUUUUGUGUGUGGUCUAGGGUGACAAAAGACCACAGAAAUGUGUGGUCUGGAUUUUUUCAACUACGUCAUUAACUUUAUGAUCCUAGACCAGUUAUAGGAUGAAUCUAUAUGUAAAAAUAAAGUCUUAUUUAUGGAAGGAAUUAUUCUAAGGGAAAAAUCCAGGGUCAAGCUGUAUCUUUUAUGUCCUCUAUAUUGCAUGUCUAUUUCUGUUACACAAUUCGUUAUUUCUUCAAAUUUCCUAUGGUAGUAUGAUAAAUCAUCAAAGAACCUGUUUGGGAUAUAAAACUCUGAUAGAAAAUAUUUCAUGAGUAUCUUGAUUAUAACCUAGAAUAUGUAUACAUUAGUAAUAAUAACCCGAUAUACUGCAGAACUCUCUAUUGGCUCAAACAGGUUGACCUCAAUCCAAGUUUACUCUUGAUAUCACUAUUGGCUGAAGGUGGAAACUCAAACCUCAGGGUUUGUUUUUCUCGGGACAGAUAGUAGUGAUAGUGCAUUAUAUUUUAAUAAGAAAAACCAGUAAACCUUGAGAAAUUUUAAAAAGCAUAGUUGAGGCAUAUUUUUUCAUAAUUAUAUACUUAUCUAUUGCCCACGGAAAAUAUAUGUGUAGAAGUAUUUCUUCUGUUAUUUGUUACUAUCUUCUUAAUUUGUUCCAAAGAAAAUACUGCCAUACUGCAUUCCCUCUGGAAGGAAACAAAACAAAACAAAACUCACUCAAAACCAGCAGUGCUGCUAUCAGAUAAGUAGAUGUCAAUAUAUACUUACAAGGAAAAACUAAAAAAUGUAAUGUGUUAUUUCAGCCUUUUUCUAUGUAAUAUUUCCAAGUCAGACUUUCUUACAUUCCUGGAAUUUAGUUUGAUAUACCAAGAAUAAUAAUGAUAAAAUGUUUGCUUUGAUUACUGUGGGGGGAAAAAUGAAAUGUAAAUUGUAUUAAAACACACAAACUUUUCAGA